AGACCUACCGCAAAGUCUCCAUAUGCCACCCAACAGCGAAGCCAUCGAAUGUGGUCCCACUCCUUCGGACACCACGGGCGUGCUCUACGAAAUGGAUGCAGAGCCACAAGGCACCCCCAAGGAUAUCAGCACACUAAAGACCACGGACGGGCGGAAGCUGGAGCUCGUCUGGACCAAUAUAUUGGCGUUUAUCUAUCUGCACACGGCCUCUGUGUACGGCAUUUGGUUGCUGCUCACCGGAACAAUGUGGCAGACGGUGGCGUUUACGGCUCUUGUUUUUAUUUUCUCUGGCCUCGGGAUAUCGGGAGGUGCACAUCGACUGUGGGCGCAUCGCACCUUCAAGGCUAACCUGCCGCUGCGUGCGAUUUUCAUCUUCUUCAAUACGAUAGCCUUCCAGGAUGCCGUGUAUUACUGGGCGCGCGAUCAUCGCCUGCACCACAAAUACUCGGAGACGGAUGCCGAUCCGUACAACUCGACUCGCGGUUGGUUCUUCUCGCACAUCGGCUGGCUGUGCUGCAAGAAGCAUCCCGAAGUUAAGGAAAAGGGUAAGUCCAUCGAUCUGUCCGAUCUGCGACGGGACCCGCUGGUGAUGUUCCAGAAGAAGUACUACCUGUUCCUGAUGCCCAUCUGCUGCUUCAUCCUGCCCACGGUAAUUCCUGUGUACUUCUGGGGCGAGUCCGUCAGCGUGGCCUGGCACGUGACGGCGCUCAUGCGCUGGUGCCUGGUCCUCAACUUCGUUUGGCUGCUCAAUAGCUCCGCCCACUUGUACGGAAAUCGCCCCUACGACGCCUCCAUCAGCCCCACCACCCAGGUCUUCCUGGUGUGGCUACGCUUCGGCGAGGGCUACCACAACUACCACCACGUCUUCCCCUGGGACUACAAGAGCGCCGAGCUGGGACGCUAUUCACGGGAUCUGACCACCAACUUCAUCAGGCUGUUUGCUCGUCUCGGCUGGGCCUACGAUCUAAAGAGCGUCUCCAUGGACAUGGUGCGAAAGCGCGUCCUCCGCACUGGCGAUGGCACACAUCCAGUUUGGGGCUGGGGCGACAAGGAUCAUCCACAGGAGGAUAUUAAUAAUACGACCAUUACUUAUAAGAGGAUUGUGAAAUAA